CACAUCACCGAGAUUGCAACAAUGGCACUUGAUUUACUUGAUGCUUCAACGCGUUUUAAAAUACCGCGUUCCAUCGAAAGUUUGCAAAUUCGCAUUGGCGUACACACUGGACCCGUGGUCGCUGGCAUUGUUGGCACAAAAAUGCCCCGUUACUGUCUGUUUGGUGACACAGUUAACACGGCCUCGCGCAUGGAAUCAACUGGUGAUCCACACAAAAUUCACAUCACAAAAGAAAUGAAUGAUGAGUUGGAAAAAGUGGGCGGCUUCAAGACCGAACCGCGUGGCAUGAUUGAUGUCAAGGGCAAAGGACUCAUGAGCACAUAUUGGCUCACAUGCAAGGAUGGACACGUCAAUGUACGUGACGAUGUCUCUUGGUAUGGAAAUAUGCAACCAGAAUUUUUGGAAAAAGUCAAACAUGAGCCAUCACUUAAAAUAAAUAAAAAAAAUUAAAUUAAAUUUUCAGAUGCUAUGAUAAUGAAGUGUGGUUUUAUAUUCAAGUUUAAAGUAGAUGUGUAUGACUAUUGUUGGUUCAGGAUGCCAGGAAAAUGUCAUAAAGUCUAAAUAAUUUCUUAAGUUAUAUGUGCGAUUGGAGAGUGCUUUGUUGCUUAGUUGCAUUAUUGGGUCAAACAAAUGUAGCAGACAUGUCUGCAUGCCUCGGAUAUUGUAAGUCAUAGAGAUGAAGAAGAGGAAUGUUCUUAAAUAGAAUUGUUUGAGCAAUACGCCAACCCUGGU